CACACACACACAUUCAGACAGGGCCUCUAAUACUGUCUCUGAACACUUCAUACAUUCAGCUGGUAAACGACUUUUUGUGACAGACAACAGGUAGUGGCUGCAGGUGAGGAAGCUGGGAAAUCUGCAGGAUGGAGUCCGCGUUGAGGCGUCCGCUCCGGCCGGCGGCUCUCCUCCUCGCACUGUGGUGCUGCUGCGAUGCUCAGCGUGUAAGUUACAUUUAUCCUCAUCGAGGAAGCUCUAACGGAGCCACACGUUUGACCAUCUCAGGAGAAGGUUUUGCCCAGGAGAGACAGUUCCAGCUGAAUCCACAAGACGACACAUUCGGUAACCGUGUGACCCUGGUGUCAGAUAAGCUGUCGGUCCCCUGCGAUGUGGAGAGAGACUCAACACACAGCAACCAGAUCAUGUGUUACACCAGGCCCAUGCCGAAUGGUCAGUACGUGGUCCGUGUCAGUGUGGAUGGUGUUCCUAUUCCUGACAGCAAAAUAUGCAACGGUGAUCACAAACCAUAUCACUGCAGCAUCUAUACUGUCUGGUAUCGCACGCCAAGCAUCUACUCUCUGAGUCCAAUCAGCGGCCCCCCAGGCACCGUGGUGACGCUGCAUGGACGGAUCUUCACUGAUGUGUACGGAAGCAACACUGCCAAGAGCUCAAACGGUCUCAAUGUCAGAUUUCUGAGAGCCUACAUGGGAGGGAUGCCGUGUGAGAUGCUCAAACCAGAUUCAGAUGAUCUAUACAACCUGAGACUGGAAAGUGAAAGUUCUUGGUGGGGACGCAUGAGUUGCAAAAUGACAGGAACAUAUGUUGGGCAUCACAACCUGAGCUACAUUCUUGAUAGUGAAUUUGGAAGGAGUUUACCAGAGAAGAAACUGUUCCGGGUUUCAGCUUUGGGCAAGCUCUCCAUGUUUCAGACCUUUGCAGAGGUGACUGGAGUCUCACCUUCAGUGGGUAGCGUCAUGGGUGGAACACUUCUAACCAUCCAUGGCCGCUUCUUUGACCAAACCGAUUACCCAGCACGUGUCCUCGUCGCAGGCCUGCCUUGUAAAAUCCAGAGCGUGUCCGAUGACAGAAUCACAUGCAGGACCGCCGAGCACCAGACGAACGUCAACAUGACACUUUACCCAGGUGGCAGAGGCUUGAAGAUGGAGGUGUGGAACGACACGAGACCCCGUGCCCUGACUGACAUUUGGAGCUACAAUGAUAACACGACUGGAUACUGGUCACAGUGGGUCGACCACAUGCCCUACGACUUCGAUCAUGAAUUGGAUAGUUUUUCUACACGAUCCAGAGGCUUCUUUGUCCCUCCAGACAGCGGCAACUACAGGAUUUACCUCCAGUGUGAUGACCGAUGUGAACUCUACCUCAGCAACACCAGCCGCCCAGAAGAUAAGGUUAAAGUUGCUCACCAGCCGUAUUACGUAUCUGACAUCACACACCUGGAUUCACAGAAGACUGAAGUAAUGUCUUUUGAGAAAGGAAAAGCCUACUACAUGGAAAUUCUGCAUCAAGAAUACGGCGGCAAAGCUGGUAUCAGAAUGGGUUUGUUCCGCGGGGACACCACUUUCACCAAAGACCAGACAGACGAUGCUGUCAAUGAAAUGCAGACUAUCGUGGCAGACUAUGAAGUGUAUGAUGAAGAACAGGUGGUUACCUUUGAGUCGUGGCCCACAAACGCCACCCGAGUCCAAGAGGUGCAGAGAGUGACCGUCAGCAGCAGCUGUGCCAGCCAUCAGUGUGGGAGCACCUUCUUCAGCCUGGGCUACGGAGACGCAAACACUGGACCGAUUCCUGUGAGCGCCUCAGCAGCAAUAGUGGAAGCAGCCUUGAACAGCCUUUGGUCCAUCAAACCCGACACAGUCCAGGUGACCAAAAAGGACGACGAUCAAGGGUCUCACUUCACAGUCACAUUCGAGUCUGACAGAGGUGAUUUCAAACCUCUCCACUAUGAGGUUUUUGGCUCCGACACCAAUGUCACCGUCGCAGAGGUUACCAAGGGGAAAAGCAACAUGGAGACUUUCACUCUGCUCUUGGGGGGAAUCCCUACAAAGCCCAUCGCCUUCAAUGCAACUGUGUCUGAGGUUCAGUCGGCUCUGGAGGACAUGAUGACAGCUGAGUGUCCCGAUGAGAUUCUGAGCACCGAAGGAACUGAUGUGAAAUACUUCAAAGACUUUGAAGAUGACAACUCUCAGUUUGAUAAUACUGAGGAAGGGACUCCCGUGAAAAACUCAGGUUUCUGUGGCCUGUGGUCGCUGAAGAACGCCGAGGUUCUUUUCAAGAACAGCUACACCAGAAAGACCGGUGGCGCCUACGGAACAGUUUCCUUGGACCAGCAUCCCACGCUUUGCUUUGCGUACAAGGGAAUGUUGAAGGAUGAAAUUGGAAUGAAGUUCACUUACCGCAACAAUCAAGGUCAAACCAAGACUCAGACCGCAAAGAUCAACACUCUGUUCACUAAAGGCCACAAGUGGAGUUACAAAUGCAUGGACCUCCAGACUUCUCUCUCACAGACAGAAUACAUCGGCAGCAAUUACAAUCUUCUGGAGUUUUACCUCUACAAAGACGCCUCCGAUGCAGAUUUCUACGUGGAUGCCGUUCACAUUGGAAAGAGACCCACCACAAAUGAUGAAAAUGCUGUUCCCCACAAGAGGAGGCCCCCACCUUUUGAAAGCUCUGGCCGAUCCUUCAAGGCGUUCUCUGUUAGCAAAGACACAUCAACUCCUUCAAAGAUCAGCUAUGAGAUCAACGCCACACCAGUGGACUGUGCCUUUGGGUUCCCACUUCUAGACAUUGGCUUCAUGCAGAUGUCCAACAGCAGCGAGGACAUGGCUGAGUUCAGGGAAGGAGCAGCCACCGUUACCAUCACUCGCCCCCAUAAAGCCACACCUCCCCUGAACGGCACCUUUGAUGUGGAGAUUUACGGAGACCGUGUUGAAGGUCUGCCGGUGGACAUCAGUGAGGAGGACCUGAAGUACGCUCUGGAGGGAAUCGCGGGGAUGGGCCAGGUCAGAGUCACAAAGCCGGGAAGCUGCAGACUUCCCAAGUGGAGGGUCGAGUGGCUUACAAAACCUGGAGACCAGCCUCUGAUGCAGGUCAAUGGUUCUUCACUUGUUGGCAACAACGUCCAUGCUUUCGUCAAGGAGAGGAAAAAGGGAGGACUGUUGAUGCGCAGCCUGACAGGAGAUUUCCUCCGUGUCUGGGAAACGAAACCACAGGUGGAGGUUUACAUCAAUGGCAUUCCCUCAAAGUGUUCUGGUGAUUGUGGCUUUGAAUGGUCCGAGGAGAAGACUCCAGUUGUGACUGGAAUCAGCCCAUCUCAAGGAUCUAAUGGACUGGGGACUCUUUUGACUGUUACUGGUACUGGCUUCAGCAGUGAAAAUGCCUCCAUCAUGGUGGGAAAGGCAAAGUGCCAUGUUGAACAGAUCACCGCUACCACCCAGGUGUGCAGACUGGGCAGCUCCAGCGCUGGUACUUACCCAGUGUCAGUCAGCUUCCCCUCUCUGGGUAAUUCACGCUUUGUAGGCGACAGCGUCCUCCACUUCACCUACCAGCUCAUCGUUUCCUCUUUCUCUCCGGUGUCUGGAAGCGUGGCGGGAGGCACACUGCUGACAGUGACGGGCUUCGGCUUCAGUGAGAACACCAGAGUUACUGUCGGCAGUGAGGAGUGCACAGUGGUUCACGCAAGUGACACUGAGCUGAAAUGCAGAACACCAGCAGGAACUGCAGGGUCACAGACGGUCACAGUAAUGGUGGGAAACAUGAGUCAGACAGCAAGCAGCUCCUUUACCUACGAUACUAACCUAACACCCCAGAUCUCAGACCUGAGUCCCCAGACGACCACGGUGAUUGGACAUCACGUUCUCACCAUCCAGGGUUCAAACCUCGGUGCUCAAGACAACGACAGCGCCGUGUUCGUAGGCAGGAAGGAAUGUGUCACCGUGCAGUGGACGGCAACGAGCAUCACCUGUCUUCUCCCCGUGCUGCCACCCGGCCUUCACAAGGUGGACGUGCAGGUUGGAAACAAUGGCUACCCCCAGACAAGCGGUGUGAACGCCACCAUUGAAUACAUCCUGGAAAUCCACAGUAUCUCCCCCAUGUUUGGCUCUCUAAUGGGAGGAACCAAGCUGACUGUUUCUGGAUCUGGUUUCAGCAACAACACCUCUGACAACAAAGUCUCUGUUGGAGGGGCUGAGUGUGAAGUGGAGUCCGCCUCGGAGAAUGAACUGCAGUGUGUUGUAAAGUCGGAGGAGAAGACCCACACCGUCACCAACCAGGGAUCCCACCGCACUUAUGGCCAGGGGUAUGCAUGGAGUCCUGCCUCACUGACAGUGUUUGUUGGAGAUACAGUAAUGUGGCGUUGGGAGGCACCGGCCUUCCAGAAAGUCGGGUACCAGGUUUUCAGUGUUUCCAGCCCAAGUGGCACCACCUAUGAAGGAGGACCAUUCACCAGUGGAGACACCAAGACCGCUAAAGGGUUUUUCGGCCACCGUUUCACCGUGCCUGGUGUGUACUACUACAGCAGCGGCUACGUAGAUAGCGCCAACGUCAGGCUGCUGCAGGGUGUCGUGAAAGUUGAACCUCGGGAGGAGAAGAGCAGCAAGGUCUCUGUCAGCGUGGGAGGCAUGGAGGCCAGACACAUGACAGGAGGUUCACGUCGAACCUCCAGGUCAGUCGAUCAGUGUGUCGCCUCGCCACAGUGCCCACAGACCAACGGGACAUCAGACGGCCUUUCCUUCACCGCCUCCACCUGCUCAACCCCAACAGUCCACUCCAUCUCUCCCAACCAGGGCUCGUACCAGCAGCUCAUCCACAUCCAGGGAAAUGGCUUCAGCGACACUGCCUGUGCCAAUGAGGUGACGGUUGGAGAUCAGCCCUGCCUGGUGAUCAACAGCUCUUCCUCUGAGAUCUACUGCAAGCUGAGCAAGGACAGCGGACUUCCCAUCGGCCUCGCUCUCCCCGUAGCCGUCAGAGUUAACAACUUGGGUAGCGCCAUCAUCGCUGUACAAAACGAGCUCGACCGUCGUUUUGUCGUCCUGCCCGUCGUCGACUCGGUCUCGCCUCCUAUCGGCAGCACCACCGGCCACACCAGGCUCCUCAUCCACGGCUCCGGCUUCCUCGACGGACAAGUGACUGUAGCCAGCGAGCCGUGCGCUGUUGUAUCAGUCAAUUACACUUCUAUUAUCUGUGACACCUCCCCUUCUCAGCCACACACUGGUAAUGUCGUCUUCCAGGCGGGAAGGAUCCCAAGCUCCUGUCACUCAAACUGCUCCUUCAUGUACUCUCCUUCUGUCACUCCCGCCGUCACCAGCAUUUCCCCCGACAGCAUCAGCGAUCUAACCACCGUCACCAUCUCCGGCUCAGGGUUUGGCAGCCGCGUGGAUGAUGUGGUAGUUUUCGCCAGCACCGUUGAGUUAGAAGUCACCGCCGUGACUGAUGGAAACAUCACACUGAGCGUCGACGCUCUUCCUGCAGGCGACCACGCAGUCACAGUGAUCGUGAGAAGUAAAGGCCUGGCGUCCGGUCAUGUCACCCUGAGCAGCCACGCCCAGGCCACCCUGAACCCCGAUGUGGGCAGCCUGGCAGGUGGGACCCCUCUUGUCCUCACAGGAAACGGCUUCGCUCCAGGGAACACCAGCGUGAUGGUUGGUGGCGAACGCUGCGAGAUUCAGGAAGUGACACCGGCUCUUCUCCGCUGCCUGACGCCUCCUCACAGCGAGGGGCUGGUGACGGUCGACAUCCAGGUCUUCUCUGUGGAGUAUCCUCCUCUCAACUUCACCUACUCUAGAGCUCACACUCCUGUCAUCAGCUCCAUCAGCCCCACCACUGGACCGGGCGGUUCAGUCGUCACACUGACAGGUUCAGGAUUUGGCACUGACCCGCAGCAGGUCUCCGUCGCCAUAAACCACGUUCCCUGCAAUGUGUCCACAGUCAGCGACAGCCAGGUUCAGUGCACCACAGGAGACAACCCAGGGGGGGCAUACCCAGUCAUGCUUCAUCACCAAGUCAAAGGUCGCGCUCAGUCAGAGGUCAUGUUCACCUAUGAGCUGACUCUCAGCGGCGUGCAGCCCAACGAGGGCAGUUUCGGUGGCGGUGCUCUGCUGUCCGUCCAGGGCUCUGGGUUUGACCCACACACCUCCAACGUGCUGAUCUGCGGGGAGGAGUGUGAAGUUCACAGAGAAAUGUCGACAUCGAGCCGUCUCUACUGCCUGUCCCCGUUCAACAACGGCACAGAGUCACAGGUGAGCUGCGAGGUUGCUGUCAUUAACCAGCUGGGUGCCGUCAACAUAUCAAAUGGCUUCACCUACAAAUCUCAGCUUACGCCACUGAUCACUGAGAUUUCUCCACGCAGAGGAGGCACCGCUGGAGGCACCAGGCUCACAAUCACCGGCUCUGGUUUCAGCACUGACAUGAACGAAGUCAACGUGACAAUCGCAGGUUCUGUGUGUGACGUCCAGUCCACCAACAACACACACAUCAUCUGUGUGACAAACGCUCAGCGGCAGUCUCAAGAGACCAAAGUCCGAGUCAGCAUCGGAGACCGAGGCAUCGCCAAGAUGGACAACGCCGAUUUCUUCUACAUUGACGUGUGGUCGUCCAGAUUCACGUGGGGAGGGUUGUCUCCACCUGAGAAGGGCUCGUUUGCCGUCAUCACUAAAGGCCAGACCAUCCUGCUGGACGUCAGCACCCCUGUGCUGAAAAUGCUCGUCAUUCAAGGAGGGACUUUGGUGUUUGAUGAAGCGGACAUCGAGCUGCAGGCAGAAAACAUCCUGAUCGCAGACGGCGGACGGCUUCAGAUCGGCCAGGAGGGGGCGCCGUUCCAACACAAAGCCAUCAUCACACUUCACGGAAACCUGCGCUCACCAGAACUUCCUGUUUAUGGAACCAAGACGCUGGCCGUCAGAGAGGGAGUGCUGGACCUGCAUGGUAUUCCGGUUCCUGUCCCCUGGACCCGUUUGGCCCAGACUGUGACUAAUGGCUCCGUCACACUGAUGCUGAUGGAGGCGGUGACAUGGAAAGCCGGAGAUGAGAUUGUCAUCGCCUCUACCGGCCACAGGCACAGUCAGAGAGAGAACGAGGUGAGGAAGAUCGACUCUGUGUCAUCUGACGGCAGGACCCUCACCCUGACCGAACCACUCAAGUACACUCACCUCGGGGUGAGCGUCACGCUGCCUGACGGGACGGUGUUUGAGGGCCGAGGAGAGGUGGGUCUCCUCACCAGGAACAUCGUGGUUCGAGGAUCCCAACACCAAGAAUGGAACGACAAGAUCGAAGCCUGCCCAGAUGGUUUUAACACAGGUGAAUUCACCACACAAACUUGUUUCCAAGGACGGUUUGGAGAGGAAGUCGGCAGCGAUCAGUUUGGAGGCUGCAUCAUGUUCCACGCACCUCGGCCAAAUGAGAAUCUUGCAAUCGGCAGACUGGAAUAUGUUGAGGUCUUCCACGCUGGACAGGCCUUCAGGCUGGGACGUUAUCCCAUCCACUGGCAUCUGAUGGGAGACAUCAACUACAAGUCGUACGUCAGAGGUUGUGCGAUCCAUCAGACCUUCAACAGGGCCGUAACCAUCCACAACACCCACCGGCUGCUGGUGGAGCACAACGUCAUCUACGACAUCAUGGGCGGGGCCUUCUUCAUCGAGGACGGCAUUGAGACGGAGAACAUCCUGCAGUACAACCUGGCUGUGUUCGUCAAACAAAGUACAAGCCUGCUAAACGACGACGUCACUCCUGCAGCCUACUGGGUCACCAAUCCCAACAACAUCGUCCGCCACAACGUCGCCGCGGGGGGCACCCACUUCGGCUUCUGGUACCGCAUGCACGAGCACCCUGACGGUCCAUCCUUCGACCGAAACAUCUGCCAGAAGAAGGUUCCCCUCGGUGAGUUUCACAACAACACCGUGCACUCCCAGGGCUGGUUUGGCCUCUGGAUCUUCCAAGACUUUUUCCCAAUGAAGGACGGAGGCUGCCGCUCCAGAACCCCUGAGCCUGCUGUCUUCAACUCCCUCACCACCUGGAACUGCGAGAAAGGUGCUGAGUGGGUCAACGUGGGCGCUGUGCAGUUCAAUGGCUUCGUCAUGGUGAACAACGAGAAAGCCGGCAUUGAAGCCAAGCGCAUCUUGCAGUGGGCCGUGAGCGGCUUCGGAGAGAACGGAGGGGCGAUGGUGUCCAACAGCACCAUCGUGGCCCAUGUGGACGAACUCGGACUGGGAGACACCUCCUGCACGCACCGAGGUGUCAUUGCGCCACUCGAUGAUGGCAUGAGCGUCGUUAACACCAAGUUCAUCAACUUCAACCGCGGCUCCUGCUCAGCCAUCGGGGUAGCCUCUAUCGAUGGGACGUGUGUGGAUCGGUGCGGAGGCUGGGCUGUCAGGUUUAGUGGAAUCCAGUACUUCGACUCACCCAACAAGGCCGGCUUCAGGUGGGAGCAUGAGGUGCAACUGGUGGACACCGACGGCUCCCUCACAGGAAACGUCGACCACAAAGUCGUGCCUAUGAGCGCCUUGCUGGACCCUGCGCACUGCACCCAGAGUGCCGAGUGGAGCGUCGGUUUCCCCGGCGCCGUGUGCGACCACACUGUCAACUUCCAUCGUUUGUCAUUCAACAACCCCACACCCGCCUCUCUGAAGGCCAAGGAUGUCAUCAUGACCAACGAACAUGGCACCAGUGUGAUUCCCUAUUUGAAGAAGAGAAUGACUCAUAAGCUUGGCUGGAUGGUUAUGCUGGUUUCUGGAAAAACUUACAACUGGUACUUCAACGACAUGGACCAUCUCACAAACAUCACUUAUAACGCAAAGUUCUUCGGCUUCAAGUCAGAUCAAUACGUGAUCAUGAACCACAACUUCACCCAGAGUCCCGACAGGUUCCGUAUAGUCGACGAGAGGAACGGCUCAUCGACGCCGCUAAGCUUCAGCGAUAACGACAACGGAGACUGGUACUUCGACGACAACUCCAACAACCUCUACUACAUCGUGUCUGGGAAAACCAGCCAGCGCGAGCGUCGCAACAGCGUUGACCGCUCCAUGGUCGAUGUUGGCGUGAACUUAAGGGUCUACCGCUGCUUCUAUCCCGACUGCAUCCCACCAACGCCACCGCCUCCAGCCACACUCGCCCCCUUACCCACCGGCCGACCAGACGACUUCAUUCGCUGGUCCAGUGAUGAUUUCUGGAAAAGUUCAGCUGAGAAUAACUUCACUGUACCAGCAGAGGGCGCUGAUGUGGUCAUCCCAUCAGGAAAGUGGGUCGUUUUGGACAGCGACAUUCCUCCCCUCAACAAGCUGACGGUCCUGGGAGUUCUCGAGAUCCCCGACUCCAGCAGACAGGCUCGCUCUACACCCGAGAACAGGACUGUUGUGAUCGAUGCUGUUUACAUCUCCAUCCAGGGCGGCAGGAUGAUGGCAGGACGGGCUGACGAGCCGUUCAGAGGUCAGCUGCACAUCAAACUGAGAGGGAACCACCGCACUCCUGACUGGCCUCUGCCUAACGGGCCCAACCAGGGAUCCAAAGUCCUGGGUGUGUUUGGUACGCUGGAGCUCUACGGACAACCUCACAACGUUUACCACACCAAACUAGCUGCCACAGCUGACGCCGGCUCCAACAGUCUGAGAUUGACACAGUCCGUCGACUGGAAGGUUGGGGAUGAGGUCGUCAUUUCCACCACUAGCUACAACGCAUCGGAAACAGAAAAACGCAAGAUCACUGCCGUGUCAUCAGACGGCCUCGUACUGACCCUGGACCAGCCUUUGGCCCACACGCACAUCGGUGAGACUCACUCCGUCUCAGGUACGUCGCUCUCCUACACUCUGGCUGCUGACGUCGGCCUCCUGACCAGAAACAUCAAGAUCAUCGGUCAGGAGUAUCCGGAUAUGAUGAAGGACUCGUUCGGAGCCAGACUGUUGGUCGGCACCUACUCCUGGGAUGGAAUCAACUAUAAAGGCAAGGCUCAGAUCAGGAAUGUGGAGUUCUUCCGCUCUGGUCAGGAGGGCUGGACCGACUACUCCGAUCCUCGCUACUCUGUGGCCUUCCUCAACCUCGGAAAGGUUUCAGGAGAAGAUUCGUAUCUUCAGGGCUGCGCUUUCCAUGAUGGCUUCUCUCCGGCCAUCGGAGUCUUUGGAACAGAAGGGCUGAACGUUGACGACAACAUCGUCCACCGCACCGUCGGAGAAGGUAUCAGAAUUUGGGGCAACAAGACCACAGUGAGGAGAAACCUGGUGAUGAUGACGCUGUGGCCUGGAUCGUACCAGGGCAGAGAGGAACCCUUCAACUACGCCUGGAACGCUGCCAUCGAGGUCAACGAGGGGACAAAUGUCGUGCUGCAGAAUAACAUCGUGGCAGGUUACGAGAGAGUGGCGUACCGCAUCGAUGGCGAACCAUGCCCAGGAAAUGUGAACGAGAACGAGAAGUGGAUUCAUAACGAGGCUCACGGCGGUCUUUUCGGUGUGUAUCUGAACAAAGACGGUUUGCCCGGCUGCAGUUUCAUUCAGGGCUUCUUCAUCUGGAAGAGCUUUGACUACGGCAUCUACUUCCAGACCAUCUCAAAUGUCGUUGUCUCUAACGUGACCCUGGUGGACAACGGGAUGGGCAUCAUGCCUCUCAUCUUCGCUCCUCCUUCUGUCACCCACGCGUUCGCUGAUAAGAAAGUUCACAUUCAGAACGCGCUGAUCGUUGGCAGCAGCCCGAACUUCAACUGUGCAGACACUUUGUCCAGCAGCGACUUCAACAUGGCGAUCAGCGAAGGCCAUCGAGCCCCCAGACCUCUCAAUGGUGGCAGAUCUGGAAUCUGUUGGCCCACUUUUGGAUCUGGACACAACACCGCCCCGAUAAAGGUCCAUCAUCUGAACAACAACUAUAACGCCAUCAAAGGACUGAUGACAGUCAACGACACGACGUUCGUUGGAUUCCGAAACGUCUGCUCCAGCGAGACGAACAUCAUGUUCAUCACCAACCCGAUAAAUGAGGACUUGCAGCACCCUGUGCAGGUUUCAGGCAUCAAGAUGAUCGACAGCGCAGAGGGGGCCAAAGUCUUCAUCCACAGGGCUGAUCUGGGUAAAGUUGACCCAUCUAACUGUGUGGACAUGGAGUGCGACGCGAAGAAGAAAAGCAUGCUGAAGGACUUGGACGGCUCGUUCCUGGGCGCAGUGGGAGCUGUGGUUCCUCAGUCUGAGUAUGAGUGGGGAGGAGACCCCAGGAGGGGGCUGGGCGACUACCGAAUCCCCAAAGUCAUGCUUACUUUCCCCAACGGCAGCCGCAUCCCUGUGAACCAGAUCGCUCCACACAAAGGUGUGAUCAGAGAAGACUGCACGUACAUGAGUACCUGGCAGGGCUACAAGUGUUUCGGGCUGAAUUACAGGAUGCUGGUGAUUGAGAGUCUUGACUCAGACACAGAGACCAGGCGGCUGUCCCCAGUCGCCGUGCUCGGAGACGGCUUUGUGGAUCUCAUCAACGGCCCUCAGGAUCACGGGUGGUGUGCUGGCUACACCUGUCAGAAGAGAGUCUCUCUCUUCCACAGCAUCGUGGCCACCGGCCGCAGCUUCGACAUCUUCUUCAGCAGCGUCAGCCCUCAGAAACUUCGCCUCAUGAUGCUUAAUGCUGAUCCAUCUGAGAGCAUCAUGGUGUCAGUCUUCUACUCAAAGCCUCAGCGGUUGGAUGUGUACGUUGACAACAAUCUGAUCCCUCCUACUAACGCUAAGUGGAACUAUGACAACACUGACUACACCCUGAAGGAGCCAAUCUCUGCAGAUCAGUACGUCCCCAAGCUGAACUCCACUGUGGGCACCAACUACUUCGACCAGGACUACAAGAUGCUGAAGGUCGUGCUGAGAGGCUCCACACCGGUGCAGAUCCGAACCUCCCCAGUUCUCUUCCUUGCCUUUGAUCUGCCUGCCAUGACUGAAGAAGAGUUCUUUGGAGACAGCCUGAUCGUGAACCUUGCUUUGUUCCUCAAAGUUCCCCCAAAUAUGAUCCGCAUCACCAAUAUCAUCCGGGAGGACGGAGGCGCACGGCGCAGGAAGAGAUCCACGGGCCUGAAGGUGGAGGUGGAGAUCAAGAAACCUCCAGUCCAGCAGACCACCAACAGCACCGACGACGAGGAGGACUUCACUUUGUUGAAGAAUAUUGCCGAUGAUCUGGGUCAGGCGGCCGUUUCUGGUAACCUCAGUCAGUCCAUCGGCUUCAACGUUUCCUCGAUGGGCAUCAUCCCUCCUCCUCCUCCGUCCUCUGACCCCACCUGGAAUGAUGUUGCAACAGAGGAAGUGACAAGGGAAGAGGAAAAAGUGAGCUACGUGUCCAGUGUGAAUAACCUGCUGCUGAUUGAGGAGCCGAUGGCGGGGGUCUACGUGGGUCCUCUGCACCAGCAGCCCCGUCUCAUGGCUGUGGAUGAGCAGGGUAACUGUGUCUCUGUGGGCGUGACGACUCUCACCGUCACAGCCAGCCUGAAGAACGCCAGUGGCCACAGCGUGGACGGACUGGAAGGAAACGCCACCAUCCUGUUCAGCACCUGCUGGGCCAACUUCACCGACCUGUCCAUCACCAACAGCGGUGAGAACCUGACCAUGGUCUUCACUCUGAAGGAGUGGGGCGCCGAGUCACGCGCCUUCUCCGUCAAGAGUAUCCCGACCACCGAGCCCCCCACGACCAGCAGCCACGUCACUGAGCCACCGUCCGCCACAAGCGAUCUUUCCACCGUCUCAACCACAACCCAUCAUACCACGACCUCAACCACAAGCGUUGAGCCCACCACCGACAACAGCAUCUUCAGCUCCAGCACGGCUGUGUCUGCUGGCAGUCUGUGUCUGGUCAGUGUCAUCUACGCAGUGGCCUGCUGCUCAGACGACAUCCCGAUAUGCUAGAUAUGCUAGAUACAGUAGUGCUGUGAAAGCUACAAUAUGAGGGAUUAAUGAAGGACUCCUGAACACCUAAACAUAAAGUCUGCUACAUAAAACAAAUACAUUCCUUAAAUAUUCUAUGCACAUGGUUAUUUUUCUGUUCUCUGGGGCUCUUUUGUGUCAUUAUAUCUAAAUCUCUGUUCGGCAUGAUUACAAAUCGGGUGCGAGAUCCAUAUGGACUCUGUAUUUUAUUUUUUUUGACAGGUGCAAUAGAGCUGUACUUGAAACUCUAACAGGGUGAAAGAAGAAAUGAAGUUUUGUAACUGCUGCACUGUGAUGAUGAUUAUUUUUUUUGAAACUAUAUUUUCUCUUCAAUAAAUUCUAUUUUUCAUUGUGAAAUA